UUGUGACAUUAGUAGUUCCACUUCCACUUAAAUGUGGCAUAAAGCAAUUUUUAAAGAAGUCCCCAAACUAUAGUGUGGAACUAUGGACACAGCUCAUGAGCUGGACUCUGGAGUCACAAAGGAAUAUGUGAACAUGCCUGUCUUCAGGACUGUGGUGGUGAAGAGAGAAUUUGGAGGAAAGCUAUUGAAGUGUGUUGUUGUGGGCUUUGGACUGCUGUGUAUUCUACAAGCCACUCUCAACAUCUCACUGCGUCUCUACUCUCAGACACCUAAGACAGAUGAAAGAGAGAAAUUCAGGAAUUUAAUGGGUGAAUACAUACAACAGGGCUGGCUGUAUUUCAACAACACUUUCUACUUCAUGUCUUCUACUAUGAAAUCCUGGAAGGACAGUAGAGAUGACUGCCUGCAAAGAAAUGCGGACCUGGUGGUUAUCAACAGCAGAGAAGAACAGGAGUUUAUUUCAAGAUGGCUUGAUGCGCCCUGGAUUGGACUGAGAGGCACAGAGGGAAACUGGGCAUGGGUGGAUGGUACAAACAUUACUUUAAGUUACUGGGCAGUCGGUGAACCCAACCAUCUUAUUGCGGGUGAAGACUGCGUAGCCUGGCACAACACUUGGAAUGAUGUGUCGUGUUAUGAUUUAAACCUCUGGAUCUGUGAGACGAAGACACAAGGUCUUUCGCCACUUGGCUGGCGGCGUUUCGGCAACAGUUUGUACUUUUUUUCUGAUACCAAGAAGAACUGGGAGGACAGUAGAAAUGACUGUAAGCAAAGAGGCGCCGACCUGGUGGUCAUCAACAGUGACGAAGAACAGGAGUUCACUUCAUCAAUAGGAAAACACUGGAUUGGACUGAGUGACAGGGAAAAAGAGGGGGAAUGGAAAUGGGUUGAUGGGUCAGGCUUAACUUUUCGGAACUGGGGAGCAGGUGAACCAAACGGGGUCGAUGGAGUGGAAGAGUGUGCAGAACUACGUUGGAGGACGCCGCCCAACUUGUGGAAUGAUGCCUUGUGUAGCACAACAAACUUCUGGAUCUGUGAGAAGGUCGCUGGUAUGGAGCCUCAGGAAGGGGACCUGUACCCAGAUGAUAAAAAUGAUGGCCAUUCUUGGGGAUCCUUGGUUCCUAUGACCGUCUUCCUAUCUGUCGUGGCCAUGCUCAUCAUCUGAAAGUGAACAUCCUGACAUCCUGUUUGACAGAUGAAGAGAGAGACCUGGCUCUUGGAACCGAUCCAUGACCGGUCUCUGGCUCCAUGGGCCCCAUCCCCUCAUUCUCUGGUUUGGUCCCCGUGCCUUGCUCCCCUGAGGUCCACAACGCUGGCUUUUACUCUCCAACCAUCCUUCACCCAGGCUUCGUCUGUUUAUUGCGUUUGGUAUCUAGAAGUUGUUUUGAUUGUAAUAUUUUGUUACUGUUAUUUUAAUGAUAUUAAACAAUCUUUUAAUGUUAAUGUCUCCAGACGCAUUCGCAGUGUUUUUUUCCUACUUCUUGGCAGGUAUCGGUGUACAACGUAUGUGUGCCUGAGGUAGUGAGAUGCUAUUAACGAUACAGUAGGGUAGAUGACAUUACAUACAGACUCUGUUUCUACCUCGUGCUCUCCCUCUCGCCUAAUACUUCACAAUCAAACAUUGAGUGUAAUAGAUAAAAAAAACGUGAAGCACUCAUUGAUAGGAGGGUAAACAGAUUAUUUGCAAAAGUCAUUAAAAUAUUGCUAACUAUUGGUGGUGUAGUAUUCACUGUUCCUUGUCUUUGAACAAAAGAAAGAAAGAAGCUCCAAAAAGACGCAGAAUGCUGUGUGAAUACUCCAGCCGCUGCGCACAUUCGGCAAAGCAGGAAAUUGCAAAUAUCCGGUGUUUUGCAGUCAAACGUGUCAUAAAAGUAAUAUUUCUAAGAAUUUUGAAUUAGAAUUUUAACCACCUGCACCUUUUUGAAACUUUGUGCAUUUUGGUGUAUCCAAAUUGAUGCUGCUAUAUUGUAUUGUAUUUUACUUUACUUUAUUGUACUAUUUACUUUAUUUAAAAAAUUUUAGACAAUGUGUUAUCCUUCAAUGUACCAUCGGCACCAUUGUAAAGGAUGUUUUUUUUCCCUCAAUGUGUUUUCCGAGGUUAAAUAAACUAAAAUUAAAUGAAAAUGAAAUCCCAACAAAAGCCUGUUUGGGGAUCAUAAAGCAAAACAGUCUGUCCCCGAUUCAUCAACUUUAGUCCAUUUUCUGUUCACCUUUGUUCAACUGGGUUGGUCUCAUUGAGAAGAACAUUUAUUCACCAAGACAAGCAGCAUAUCAUUUCUAACACAGUUAAACACUAACAGAAACUAAGAAAUAGGGAAAAAAUGAAUUCCUGUUUCACAAUAAAAUGACAACUGAUAAACUGAAAGCAGGAAACAUUUGCAAGUAGAAUUAAAUUGUCUUCCUUUACUUCAACUCUUGCCUCAACGUCCACAAGUUGACACAAGUCCCUGUACUAUGUAUAUCAUCUAUAAUUAAGUAUGUUAUGAUAUUUGUGUGGCAAAAACAAUAGAGCAUUACAUUAGCCUGCUAACUAAACAAAACAAGACUGAAGACUUUUAUGUUUGCUAUAGCUUUCUGCUAAAUCUUAAAUACAUUGCACUUUCUAAAAAGCUUUUUUGACUUUGCCUUUAUUUUCUAUUUUUAUACUAAAAUGCCUUUUUAACUUUCUAUUUUACCCAUUUCUUUGCAUAUGUUUUCUUUUACUUAUCUAUUAUUUUAUUUUAUUGUAUGACAACGUUUAUAUGUGAAGCACUUUGAGUCUGCCUUGUGUAUGAAAAGUGCUACAUAAAUAAAGUUGCCUUGCCUUGCCUUGCCUAACUGUUUGUCCAAAAGUUUAUAGGAAAAUGUCUCUGAUGUGUUUUAUUCACAGCAGGGUGUUCGCCUCAUACCUAUAGCAGCCAACCACACAGGUCAGCACACCGGGUCAGGGCACAGGGGCUCAUCCAGGACUCUGACCCUCCAGCUCUAUACUGCAUGUGUUUACUGAAAGCUGCAGUUUCGCUAC